AUGUGCAGACUUGCCGGCGGCGAUAUCGAGCACACGGGCGGUGCAAACCCGGAUCCUACCCAGGGUCGCGAACUCUUGCCCACCAAUGUCAUCCCGAAACACUACCACGUAACACUAGAGCCCGAUUUUGAGAAGUUCACAUUCAAGGGAACCGUCUCUAUCGAGUUCGAUGUUAAGGAAGAGAGCAAAUCAGUUUCACUGCAUUCGCUGGAGAUCGACAUCCACAGCGCCCACAUCAAGGACGGUGACAAGAUCGUGACCUCCUCAUCCGCGAUCACAUACGAUGAGUCCAAGCAGGUUUCCAAGAUCGACCUAAAGGAUGCGCUGCCUGCGGGCGGCAAUGCCACUCUGGAGGUCAAGUUCACUGGCCAGCUUAACGACCAGAUGGCCGGUUUCUACCGUUCAACAUACAAGAAGCCUGACGGGACCGAGGGUAUUCUGGCCACAAGUCAGAUGGAGGCCAACGAUUGCCGCCGUGCGUUCCCAUGCUUCGACGAGCCUCUGCACAAGGCCCUUUUCACCGUCACCCUCAUUGCAGACAAGCACCUCACGUGUUUGAGCAACAUGGAUGUUGAAUCUGAGUCUGAGGUCACCUCGGAAUUCACUGGCGCAACCAAGAAGGCUGUCAAAUUCAACCCCACUCCGUUGAUGUCUACUUACCUGGUCGCCUUCAUCAUCGGCGAACUGAACUACAUUGAGACCAAGAAAUUCCGAGUACCGAUCCGAGUCUAUGCCCCGCCGAGCUCAGACAUUGAGCAUGGUCAAUUCUCCCUCGAACUUGCUGCUCGAACUCUCGAGUACUACGAGAAGAUCUUCGGUGCCGAAUUUCCUCUACCCAAGAUGGACAUGGUUGCCAUUCCAGAUUUUGCUGCCGGAGCCAUGGAGAACUGGGGUCUUAUCACCUACCGAGUUGUUGAUCUCCUCUAUGACGAGAAGACAAGCGGUGCAGCUAUGAAGGAGCGAGUCGCCGAGGUCGUGCAACACGAGUUGGCCCACCAGUGGUUCGGAAACUUGGUCACCAUGGACUGGUGGGAGGGUCUCUGGCUCAAUGAGGGUUUCGCAACAUUGAUGAGCUGGCUGAGCUGCAACUACUUCUACCCUGAAUGGAAGGUUUGGGAGAACUAUGUUACAGACAACCUACAGAGCGCUCUGGGACUGGACUCGCUUCGCAGCAGUCAUCCUAUUGAGGUUCCCGUCAAGCGCGCUAGCGAAGUCGAUCAGAUUUUCGACGCCAUCUCGUACUCGAAAGGGUCAUGUGUCCUUCGUAUGAUCUCCACCUAUCUUGGAGAGGAGAUUUUCUUGGAUGGUGUGAGACGUUACAUCAAGAAGCACGCCUACGGCAAUACUCGGACGGAGGACCUGUGGGCAGCUCUUGAGGAGGCCAGUGGCAAGCCUGUCAAGGACAUCAUGUCGAUUUGGACCAAGAACGUCGGUUACCCUGUCGUACAAGUCACGGAGAACGAUGACAAAUCAAUCCACGUCAAGCAGAACCGUUUCCUAAGGACGGGUGACGUGAAGCCAGAAGAGGAUCAGGUCUUGUAUCCUGUCUUCCUGGGCCUGCGGACAAAGGAUGGCAUCGACGAGGAGAUUACGCUAUCCAAGAGGGAAGACAACUUCCCAGUGAAUGAUCUGGACUUCUUCAAACUCAAUGCCAACCACACCAGCAUCUACCGAACCUCAUACUCCCCCGAGCGUCUCAAGAAGCUUGGUGAGGCUGCCAAACAAGGCCUGUUGAGCGUCGAGGAUCGUGCUGGUAUGAUCGCCGACGCCGGAGCUCUGGCUGUCUCGGGGUAUCAGAAGACAUCUGGAGUGUUGAACCUGCUGAAGGGAUUCGACACUGAAGACUCCUUCGUGGUUUGGAGCGAGAUCAUUGCCCGUGUGGCUACAGUCCAGUCCGCUUGGACCUUUGAGGACAAGUCAGUGAAGGACGGUCUUGAGGCUUUCGUCAAAGACCUUGUCAGUGAGAGAGCCCACAAGCUCGGAUGGAACUUUAGCGACAAGGAUGGCCACGUUGAGCAACAGUUCAAGGCCAUGGUCUUCGGUGCCGCUGGCAUGGCUGGUGACAAACAAAUCGUCACCGCUGCCAAAGAUAUGUUCAGCAAGUACGCGGCUGGUGAUAAGUCGGCUAUUCACCCAAAUAUCCGUGGGAGUGUCUUCGGCAUGGCCUUGAAGUAUGGUGGAAAAGAGGAGUACGAAGCAAUUCUGGGCUUAUUCAGGAACUCUACCAACAGUGACGAGCGCAACACAGCUCUGCGAAGCUUGGGUCGCGCCAAGGACCCCGAAUUGAUUCAGCGCACCCUUGACAUCAUCCUUUCAGGCGAAGUCAAGAGUCAAGACUUGUACCUUCCUGCAAGCGGUCUUCGCACCCACACCGAGGGUAUCGAGGCUCUGUUCAAGUGGAUGACGGACAAGUGGCCCGAUCUCUCCAAGCGUCUGAAUGGCAAUGCCAACAUUCUUGGCAGUAUGGUCACUAUCUGCACCAGCAGCUUCGCCAAGCAGGAGCAACUUGACAAGGUUGAUGCUUUCUUCAAGGAUAUCGACACUAAGAUGUUUGUCCAGCCCCUUGCCCAAAGCAAGGAUGCGAUCAGGAGUAAGAUCGCGUGGGUGGGCCGUGAUCGGGAUGAUGUCGCUGCCUGGGUCAAGGAUAACGGGUACUGA